UAUUCAAUUUGCCAGCGCUGGAAAUCAAAGCUUUUCAUCUAAUGCCCCACUGAUUGAGAUCUUUGAUGCUCAGAUUGUCGUUCCAGAUCUUGCUCGUGACUUGGAAUCAUGUUCGAUUCAUACAAGAGAAACAAGCUGCAAGCAAGAUGUUGAUUACAUGUCUAUUGUCGAGGAUGAAUCUGAAUCUACUUUUCAUGAGGCUUUUCUUAGUCGUCUUACGGAAACUGGUGCAACAGAAAGUUCAUCUUUAUGUGACCUUCCUAAACAGAUGGAAGGUGAUCAACAGAGAGCCUCUGAACAGACUAAGAACAUCUUAAGUAAUUUAGUUGCUGAUGUUGACAAUUUGUGGUAUCUAAAAGAUGGAAUACAUACUGUAGUCUUGAAAAACCUUUCAGAAAAUGGAUCUUGCAGGCAAAGGACACCAAGUGAAUUAGAUAGAGAGGUUAAGAACUUGAGGGUGGCAUUUACUGACCUGUUUUUGAAGCAUAACACUUUCAAAGAAACUGCAAAGCCAUCGUGAUAUUGAUGCAAAGAAUAAAGCCGAGCUUAGAAUAUUAAGAGCUAGAAAAUUAUGUGAAAACUGAAGAAGCUAAAGUUGAGGAGCUUAUAAAGGCAGUUGCUGAUUCCGGUGCCAAAGUAAUUGU